ACACCGGUGGUUGUCCGUCUAUUUCUCAAAGACGCCGGUGUGGGAGGAUAGUAAAGAUGUGUGCCAGGGUUCAGCCCACUGAGUGGACCACCGACCUCAAAAACCAGAAUUUUGAUGGCGUCGUCUUGGUGGCUGAGAGCUUCGAGUCCCURCCGGCUCAGCUGGAGGGUCUGAAGGCUCCACUGCAGGACUACAGCUCUGUGGACAGUGGUCUGGGGGAGGAGGUGGUGAUCCUCAGGGUUCCUGGUCUUCCUGGAAACCGCCUGGUUUUCGCCUCAACCGGACCUGUGAACCGUGACUACGAUGACGUCAGACGUUUCAGYGACGCGGCGGGCAACGCCAUCAAACGUGCCUUGAAAGCUGGGAURCAGCGCCCCCUGCUGGUGUGCCCUCCACAUAAAGACUAUAAGAACAGCACCUUGGUGGCAGCGCUCGGGGCUCUUCACGCUCUUUACACGCCACUUGAGGUGCGAGAGGCGAACAUAAAACCGUCUGACUACAAAGCGUGCGUUCUGGGUCUGUGGUCGGCUCAGGAGGCGGAGGGGAAGAGACUGGUGGAGCUGACUGACGCUCUGGAGAGUGGGAGGCUGGUUUACCGUGACAUCGGCGGCUCAGACCCUGAACGUAUGGCGGCCCCCCGCGUGGCCGACUACGUCCAAGAACUGUUCAAGAACAGCGUGGUGAAGGUAGACGUGAUCAGCGACCUGAAGACUCUGGAGAAAGAGUAUCCGUGUCUGGCUGCAGUCAACCGCUGUGCCAACAGCGUUCCUCGUCAUCAGGCCAGAGUCAUCAAGCUGCAGUACUGUGGAGAGGGUCCGGUCCAAAAKACACUCAUGUUGGUGGGAAAGGGCAUCACCUACGACACCGGAGGAGCUGACAUCAAGGCGGGGGGCUUCAUGGCCGGGAUGCACCGGGACAAGUGUGGCGCUGCAGCUGUGGCUGGGUUCUUCCAGAUCCUAGCCCAGCUGAAGCCUAAGCAUCUGAAGGUUGUUGGUGCGAUGACCAUGGUGAGGAACAGCGUGGGAGCAGACUGCUACGUGGCGGACGAGCUGGUGGUGUCCCGCGCGGGUCGGAGAGUCCGAGUGGGAAACACGGACGCUGAGGGCCGUAUGGUGAUGGUGGACCUCCUGUGUGAGAUGAAGGAGCAGGCGGUCCACGAGACUUCCCCCGAGCUGUUUACCAUCGCGACUCUGACCGGUCACGCCAUCAGAGCCAUGGGACCAAACUACUCUAUCAUCAUGGAUAAUGGGCCGGCCCACCGCAGCAGGAACGCUGCUCAGUGGCAGAAAGCUGGAGAGGUGUUGGGAGACGUGUUUGAGGUCUCCACCAUCAGGCGAGAGGAUUACGAAUUCCACAAAGGAAAGUCUGAGUAUGAAGAGAUUCUGCAGUGCAACAACCUGCCGUCCUCGGCCACACCGCGAGGACAUCAGACCCCCGCAGCGUUCCUCAUCAUGGCCUCAGGCCUGGACAAGCACGGUGUGGAUUCUGACAAGCCUCUGCCAUACUCACACGUCGACAUCGCUGGGUCCAGUGGUCCUUUCCCCGGUGUCCCCACUGGAGCCCCCAUCCUCGCAAUGGCAACCAACUACAUCCUUGCAGAUGGUCUCUAAAACAUUUAAAAAUAAUAAUAAAAAAAGAUGCACCUAUAGUCUAACRAGUUUACAUGAAAUAUUUCCCACAAGUGGAUUUAUCUUAAACUCACACACCUUUUUCUGUCAGACUGUUUGUUACCUCUUAGUUUGCCUCAAUAGCUAUUUGCUCAGGUUUUAAAUCAACAGUAUUGUGCAGCAGACUGAUGACACAGUUGACAYGAGACUGUCUGUAAACCAAGGUGCUUGUCAUUAUUCAAUAAAUGUUUUGCAGUGAA